AUGUCUUCUUCCGGUACAAUAAUAAGUUUUAGUCAACGUUCAUACGAUGGUGAUAAUGAUUUUCAGGAUGAAGAAUUAGAAGAAGAUAAACUCGAAGUACAAAAGAUAAUGAACAGCAGUCGUGAUGCGCUUCUAUUUGUUAUCUAUUGUACUCCUACAAUGUUUUCAAAUGAACCUAGUCAAAAUUCAGAACAAAUGCAAGAACAAGAGCAAUAUUCAACAUUUAAUUCAAUAAUAAAAUGCAUAUCAGAAAUAAUGUUUGAUAAAAUGACUACUGAACAAAAUAAAGAUUUAAUGGGAGUUAUGCUUAUUGGAACAAAAAAUGCGCAAAAUAGGCUUGAAAAAGAUCAUAUUUAUGUCUUACAAAAUAUUGAUUCUUUAGAUAUUCACAGAAUAAAAGAAUUAAACGAAAUUGUAUCUGGUGAUUUUGAUUUUGAAGAAAAAAUCGGAAUAUGGGAUGGUGAAUUCCCUUUUGGUGAUGUAUUUUGGGUUUGCGGUGAUAUUUUUAAUCUUUUAAUUUCACCCACGAUCAAGACAAAAAGAAUUUUUUUAAUAACUGAUUGUGAUAAUCCCCAUCCAAUGAAUGAAUAUUUACGUAGUACUGCCAUAACUCGUGCAAAGGAUCUCAUUGAAUCAAAAAUUGGUAUAAACAUUUUUGGCAUUAAUACUAAAGCUGGUGAAUUAUUUAAUUUGGAUGCGUUUUAUACUGUAAAUUUUUUGUGA